UCUUUAGCUGUCGAUUUUCGCAAUAAAAAAAGAAUGCAUGCACUACAGAAACAAAUAAUUAGUGACAUUCAACAGGCUAGAAGUGCUGCCGGAAAAGACGUUCCUGAACAUUUUUGGUUUUGGCCAAUUUAUUCAUCCAAACUCCCUGAAACAAGUGACAAUGAAGAUGAUGACAAUGAAAAUAAUUUUUCUUAUAACUACAGCAAUGGUAGAGUGGCACCUGUUGAAAUAAAUUUUAAUGAAAUGGAUGAGGAAGAAUUGGACAAUAGCCUAUCUCACAUAAUUGGCUAUCUGAGGAGAGAACACUUUUAUUGUGUUUGGUGUGGCUGUGCCUAUUCAGAUUCUGAAGAUAUUGAAAAUGCUUGCCCUGGUUCUACGAGAAAUGCACAUGAUGAAUAA